AUGAUGUCAGAUAUAGAUGAUGCUCGGGACAUGCUAAUUGAUGCCGGUAGAUCCCGCAAACGAACAUUACAAACACCAUCAUUUUACAAUAAUAUUCCCCAUGAUGAUAUUUGUAAUGAGGAAGAGCGAGAAGGCAAUAAUAACAGUAUCAACAAUAAUAACAAUCUUGGUAUGCCAGCAUAUGAACAAGUAGAUGCAGAAAAGUGGUCUAAACCAAAUGGAGCUACUCCACCACGACGAAAGACGGGACCAAAAGUGGCCCAAACACGUGUUACCGUAGGAAUGCGGUUAAAACGAUGGAUUAUAACCGGUCGUAUUGGGGCUGGUUCCUUUGGUGAAACAUUUACGGCUGUAGAGGCAAAUAAAGAAGGAGAAGGUGAUGGAGAAGGAGAAACAGCAGAAGAUGUUCUUGUACCUUCCCAUGAUGGUACAUUGGUUACUUCUGGUAAACAAGAAGUGUGUAUAAAGGUUGAACAAGACGAUAAAAACGUUCUUCGUGUUGAGGCCGCCGCUCUCAAGAAGAUGCAGCCCUGUUCUCAGGUAGUACGCUAUUUAGGAAGUGGAAGUACAGGAGGUUUAAAUUUUUUAGUAAUGCAACGACUUGGAUCGAAUUUAGCAGAACUACGACGUGGUACUCAAUCUGGGACAUUUAGUACAUAUACAACUCUUAGGGUUGGUAUAUCGUGUCUUAAAGCUAUACAAGGUAUACAUGACCUGGGGCUAGUACAUCGUGAUAUUAAACCUUCUAAUUUUGUUAUUGGUUUAGGAGGAUCUUCUGAUCCACGCGUGUGUUAUUUAAUUGAUUUUGGUUUGGCUCGUCGUUAUCGUCGUGUGAAUGGUGAAGUACGUCCUCCACGUGAAAAUGCAGGUUUUCGUGGUACAAGCCGAUAUGCUUCCCUGGCUUCCCAUCAUCAGCAGGAACUAGGUCGUGUAGAUGAUAUAUGGAGUCUUUUAUUUAUGCUUAUAGAAUUUGCAACAGGUACUUUACCAUGGCGUAAAUAUAAAGAAAAAGAAGAUAUUGGUCGUUGUAAAGAAGAAGUUAUUGGUCCUGGACUUGUUCAAAAUUUACCGAGAGAAUUUCGUCCAUUUUUAGCACAUUUACAAACUCUACGAUAUGAGGAUGAACCAAGUUAUGAUUUUCUUCUCUCUCUCAUGGAACGAGCUAUUGAACGUCGUGGGUAUCCACCUAAUAAGCAUUUAGAUUGGGAACCUGAAGAAGAAUCAGGAAAUCAUGUAGAUCCUCAUGAUGAUUCAAGUUUAGCUAUUUGUGUCAGUAAACGUAGUGGAGGUGGUGGUGGAGGAGGUGAAGGUGUUUCUGUUGAUAAAACUCCAAUUAAAUCAGUAACUGCUGAAAAUCCUUCGUUAGAACCUCUUGUACGACCAACGGUUCCUGCUCCAGUAGCAGUAAAUAUGGAUAUUAGUGCACCUGUUUCUGCAGUUCAUUUAAUGCGACCAUCACUCUGUUCAGAGGAUGAGGAAGAACGGUGUAGUCGUGUAAGAGUAAGUGACGUAAAUCUUUCCUCUGCAAUGCCUAAAAUAGACACUUCGAAUCAUGAUACUCCUUUCUUAGUGAAGACAGAUAAAAAUUCUAAUACAAAAACGGCUUCGCAUGUGCACCAUGUGCCUUCAACUCCUUUAAACCAAAAAUUUGGAAAAUCUAUUUCUGAAGAACAAUAUAUAAAUAGCGGUAUCCAUAAUCAGGUUCCCGCUAUUACCAAGGAAGAUCAAAUUUCUGUGGAGGAUUCUGAAUUAGUAGACAUUGGUAUUGGUUUCUCACCACGUGAAGGGGAUGGUUCUGUAGCAAAUGGUAAACCAAAAAAUGGAGAUAUCUCACCACCUCCAGAAUGGUUAAUGGAUACAAUGAAACCACAACACGGGCCAGAAUCACCAGACCAGAAUCAAGGAAAAGAACAACAAACUGUUGAAAUUGGGAAGAAAAGGGUUUCCUUUGCCCUAAAUGUAGAUGUUGCUGAUGAAGCAGCGAGGGGUGCGCCGAAAACCCGAAAAGAAUCGAAACAGGAGAAAAAAAAAGCUAAGUGUAAAUGUAACAUCAUGUAA